GUCUGGAGUCUGAAAGGAGAAUACAUUCGCCACUUAUUCGUAUUGUCCUGUUCUUUUGUUUUGUUUUUUUCUCCUUGACUUUGUUACAUUGUUUUUUGAAUUUUUUUGGCUGGGUUUUUACCAGUACACCAAAGUGGAUGUAAAUAUCUGGUGGAUCUCCAGUCCAAAAUGCUGCUGGUUUCCCAGCGCAUAGAAGCACCACGUAUGGAGCCCUAUUUACCACUGCAAGGAUCCAUAAAGAGAAAGCUGGAAGAUGGCAGUUCCCCUGGGUCAUCUAGCAUGAAUGAUAUUAUUUUUUCAAGUGACAACAAGAGACUCUGCCUUGAUGAUGUAACACUUUCUAUGGGCCAAAACACCAGCUCUGGCAUAUCUUGCUCUGAAUUACAGCACUCUCCUUUCACAACCAAUCAAAAUUCUGCUACUAUGGGGGUGAGUGGUCAUUCGGUAGUUAUGGAGAGUAACCAUAUGAAUGGUAGAAAUAUGGCAUCCCCCUAUUCUGUGCCACAGAGUAAUGAAAUAAACCAGAAAGCAUCUUUUGAAGAAAAGACCAGCAAUUUACAAUCUGUGGACCAAGAGCUGCAAGACCUUCUUGAAGAACUGACCAAAAUGCCUGAUCCAUCUCCAAAUGAUUUGGAUCUCGAGAAGAUAUUGGGAAGUAAGGCUGAGGAACCUAUUGUUAUAAGCCAUUCUCAGCCUAGUUUGAAUACACCACCUAAACUUUCUCCUCAAACAACCUCUCACUUGGACAACCCUAUCUCUAACAAGGAUUUCCCAGCAGGAUGCAAUCCUGUUAGUGCUGGUUCUCCCCAAAUUAGACCUUCAUCUGCUGGAACAAAUUUUCCUGUUCCUUCUGCAAAUAAGCAAGUACAGUCACCCAUACCAUCUGCUCAGAAUAAGCCUCAGGCACAAUCUGGGUUACCUGUAGCAAUGUCUAAUAUGCCUGGAACCAACUGGCAUGCACAACAGCUGAAACAACUGGCUGCAAAUAAGCAAGGUACUUCUGCCAAACAGCAAGUGCAGACAUCAAGCUGGCCAACAAUUUCACCUGCAGGUCUUUCCCCAACUUACAGGCCAGGGUCCUCCCCACAGCAGCCUUUUAGCCCACAAAAUGUUAUGGUAUCUGGUAUGACCACCAGUGGUUUACAAGGAAAUAAUAUGCAAGGUUCACAGAGCUCACUCUUGUCAAGCAUGACUUCCACCAGCAAUGCAACCAGCAGACCUUCACCUCCCUAUGUAUCAGAAAAGAUUUCAAGUCCAGCUCUUAACCAGCAGCCCUUUAGUCCACAAGCCCCUUUGUUGACUAACAGGAGUUCAAGUAACAUUCCAGCAAAUGCCAUCAAAAGCCCUCAGAACAACAUUGUGGGAAAUAUGACGCCUUCCAAUGCAGGGCCAUCUCCACCAUAUCAGUCUGAAAAACUUUCAAGCCCGGCACUACAUCAACAGCCAUUUAGCCCCCAGAAUGCACUGAUGUCUAAUAUUCCUCCUUCCAGCAGCCAACCAAGUAUGCAGAGUUCACUUUAUAAGGCAAUGUCCACAAACCAGUCAAAAAACCUUAACAUGAUCAUGCAACAGUCUUCUAAUGGCCUGCAACCUGGCAUCGUCAAUGAAACGCCAGUUGCACAUGAUCAGUUUUCUUUCAAUAACACCAAACCCCUGUCUCAUUUUGCACCUGAUUCUACUGGACAGAAAAUGAAUGUGUCUCCUGGUCCUGGAUCUCUAAUUCAUUAUCUCCAACAGCAUCAAACUCCAUCUGUACAGCAGCCUCAACAGCAGGUCAGCAACAGCCAGUUUCUCCAGCAGCAGAUACGACAGUUAAUGCAGCCAACACGCAUGCAGAGACAAAUGCAGCCAAGCAGCUUACCCUCCCAAGCCAGACAGGAUCUAAGUACUGGAAUGGUUCCCAGAAUGCAAGAACCAGGCUCCAUACCAAGUGCAGGCCCCGGGCCUACUCCUCCCACUGCUAAUGGCUACAUACGCAAUGCAAUCCUGAAGGAGCAAAUCAUGAGGCGGCAGCAGCAGCAGCAACAGCAACAGCAGCAACAGCAACAGCAGUUGCAGGUUAAGCACCGGCCAAAUAUGAUGAGUGUGACCAAUGAGCAACGCAACACCUUUGUUACCCAGCAGAUGAAUCAGUUUCAAAAUAUUCCACAAACUCUCCGCACUGACUGUGUCCAGCCAAUGGCAACACCUGCUCAAAACCACCGCAUGAUCGCAUCAUCCCAUGGGCUCAUUCAAACCAGUAUGGGCUCUGGAAUCACCCAAGCAGCUAUUAACCAGAACAGUGGCCCUAUGGUUAUGAUGCCUCACAACACGGGGAAACAGCAAGGAAUGUUCCCAGGAUCAUCAGAGUUCAAUAUUCUUCUUCGGCAGAACCAGAACACCAUGAACAUAAAUUCUGGGUGCCAGACAGUCCAUAGCCAAUCCACAGUACGACCUGGUAUGACCUUGUCUGGAUAUACAACCAGCUCUUUAACAAAUCACGUGGCAGCACAGCAACACUUACAGCAAUCCAGCAUAUCCAGAAUUCCUAAUGUGUAUGCUAACUCCUCUUCUCAGCUGUGGACGCAAGCUGGAGUUUCAAGACUAUCAGGGCAACAUCAAAUGGACCCCAAUGUGCAACAAUUCUCUAACAACCCACUCUUUUCCAAACAAAGUAUCAGACCAAACAUGGCAAGCCAGCAAUUUCCUCACCAAGCUGUGGUUCCUCCAAACCAAAUAGCUCCCGGGGUCCAGAUACGUCAGAUGCAAAAGCUUGGCCUAGCCCACUCAAAUCAAGGAGUAGGGUCUAUUAACAAUCCUAACCUAGGGAACAGUUUAUCAAGGGGGCAGAUAGCAGCUAUCAAUGCCAUGAAAGCAAUGCCCCAAGGUGUACCUACGUUUAACCAAAUAAAUCCUGGUCAACUGGGCCCACCUUCAUACGGACAUUCAUCAGUCCAUGUACCAGAAUCUUUUGAUCGAGUGAGUUCUGGUCCAGACAUGCACCAGUAUGACUAUGUUCAGGCACACAAUAACUCUAUGCUGUCUGCUAACUGUAAUGAAGCUGACUUUAUUGAUUGCCUAAUGAAAGGCGGAAGUAGCAGCAAUGUAGAUGAAGACUGGCUCCACAAUUUAACAAUACUGGAUGAUAUUCUGGGGCAACACAAUCAAAAUCCUGGACCCGUCUAGUGCACAGCAAAACAUAUGAGAGGAACAGCCAUCCCACUUGAAAUCAACCCAUCUUUCAAUACAAAGAUUAGCCAGGUGGCUAAUAUUGGCUGUUUUUUGUUUUGUUUUUUUGUCCUGAAAAAUGUAAAUAUUUAAAUAUUUUAUAAAUUAUGUUUUCCAACAGUAUAUAGAAGUAUUGAUACUUCUGUGAGUGGCUGUAAAUAACCUUCUUGCAUAAUGUUUUGUUACAUUAUAGGAUUUUCAUUUCUAAUACCUUCUUUUAAUAUGCAAAUAUUAUUGUUAGUUUUGGUAAUACUGUGUAUUACAGCCUGAAAUAAUUGUUAUGUUUUUUGACAUAACACACGUAAAGUAAGAGGUGUUGAGCAAACUAAUGGAAAGUAGGUAUCCCCACUCACACUGGAACUCUUACUUUUAACGUGGAAUCAAGCAGUCAACCGUUUUGGCCUUACAAUAUUUAGUUUAUUUUGUAGGUAACUUUCACCAUAAAGGCACACUAACCUUUAAAAAAAAAUUACCUCAAAAAAGAAUUAUUUGUUAACGGUGCCUCAUACACAGAAACUCAUAUUUUACACACAAAUAUGAUGUUAUUUAGUUAUGUGUGUCCUCUUUUCCCACCUAUACUAUUAUUGUAGGUCUGUAGAACUGAUUAUGCCAUCUAUUAGGGUACAGAUAUGGGAUCUGUUAUCUGGAAACCCGUUAUCCAGAAAGCUCCGAAUUACAAGAAAGCCAUUUAACUUUGACUCCAUUUUCAUCAAAUAAUUCACAUUUUCAAAAAAAAAAAAAAA